GUGAAGUUACGUGAAGCGGUGUUAGGAGCCCGGUGGUGGUGGUGUGGAUUGCAGAUCUAGGAAGAAGAAGAAGGUCAGAAGGGAAGAGUUCCUGAGAAGUUAAGAAAAGCUGAACGAGAGAGAGUCAAUUGAUAACGUUCUGUUCUGUUCGAGUUCUCCGAGUGGCGCUUGCAAAGGUGGAGAGAUUGUUCCGAAGAUACUAGUUACUUGAAUCCGGUGCUGUUGCUUGAUUACAUUUCUGAGGGUAGACGCUUUUUUGAGACAGGAGGAAUUCUCUUGAAGGUUGGAUUAGAUCAUUACUUGACGAUACUCCUCCACUCACGCUUUGUGACCUCCUUCUCUUCCCACAUAGAAAGGCUCGUCGUGAGGCUUCGGUUACUCAGAAGACAGCAAUCAUGGCUCAUGUGAUUCUCGGAUGUGGGAGUCCGCUAGCAUCCAGCCCUCCCACAGGUUUCGGUUUAAGUUCAUCCUGCCGAAGUACAUUCUCGAAUGACCCUCUGCGACGCUCAUUAAGAGUGAAGAAGAGGUCCCAGGGUGUUGAAUCGGAUAAGCCUUCUGUGGAAGUUUGUGCUUCUCGAAAUUUGACUGAAGCACCAACUUCACCGACAGCAGAUCCUUUCUCUACUUUGGGUGUGGACGAAUACGCUUCGAAAAGUGAAGUCAAGCACGUAUACCGGCGGCUUGCUCUUCAGUACCAUCCUGAUGUAUGUCGAGGAGAUCAUUGCGCCUUGAUGUUCACACAGAUCAAUAUAGCUUAUGAGAAAGUUAUGAAUUAUAUUUCCGCACCUCCUCCCCAAGUAGACGACAGCGUCGAUGACAAUCCCGAGGGCUUCUACGGAGUAGGAGAUGAUUCUUGGGACGAAUGGGAAGAGUGGAUGGGCUGGGAAGGUGCUGGAACGACAGAUUACUCAUCUCACAUUAACCCCAGUAUUUGAUCUCAACGACAUUGAACUUCACCUGUACAUAUUUUCCGUGGACUCCAUCGCAACACCACGACGGAUGUUUGGCGGCAACGAAUUGGUAGUGCAGCAGCAGAAAGUUUGUGUAACAGAAACUGAGUGCAUCUGAAAAAUCCCCAACCCAUCUUCCAGCAAUUAGUUUCCUGUAAGUGUAGAUAGUUCUUGCAGCAGGAAGACGAUCUGAAGAUGAACGAGAGAGUAAAUUACAUUGCAAUAUCCACAAGUGUACAAUAUCUUCUAGACUGAGGGCUUCUCUGCAACCAGUUCCCUUUUGUACAGUUACUCCUCCUAUGCUUGGCAAAUUUCCUUGGGCAAGAAGGUUUGGUGCUGAUUAUGAGAAGAGGUCAUUCGAAACUGCAUAAAUUUGCUGUAAACGUGUGAUGCUCGAUCAGUUCUUAUUUCCUUACACGGAUGCUGCCAUAUCUUUGGUGCACUAUCUGGCCGCCAUGACAUCAGUCAAUUCUUUUUAGAAAUGUAUAAAUCAUUCGGAUUAUUGGCUUUCAUACUCAAUUUUGUUGAUGAGUACCGGACCUCGAGGAUACUUGAACAUCUUAAUGUGGCCAGGAAUAUCUACAGCCAACUAGUCUUGCUUGUUGUGACGGUUGAUCUUGUCGCUUAACGAUGUAAUUUAUAACGUGCCACUUGGUCAGAGGGAAAACAGGUUGAAGGUAUGUCGCAUACCAUCUCUCUAAGCAACCUGAUCCACUGGGACAUGUGUGUCAAGUUCUCAGCAGUAGCACGGUUAAGCGUAGACCAAAGAGCACGACUUGUAGUCUACAAUACACGUUACACGUGUUUCAGUUUUUACUGUGGCCAUACAGACAUCGAGCAGGAAGGUUUUUGCAAUUUCGAAGGUCUGCCAUGCAGCUCGGGGCUGGGGCACGGGGGCAGCAUCCUUGAAGCUGGAGUAGGGUUCACGGGCUGUAACUAUUCCCCAAUCACAAGUCUUUUCCAUCUGGUGGGCCAGGUCAAGAUUAGGCCACUGGGCCCAUUCAACCUUCAACGAGGACCAUGUCCUGAAAGGGAGAAAUACUGCUGGUGCUUUCGUGGCAUCGGAGGCGUCGGAAGCUGUACACGGCAUUCUACGAGACUGUGCCAAUGGAGGGAAACUCUGAGAGGCUCUUCUAGGUUAAGCUGUUCACGUCAGUAGCAGCUAGUCAGUACAGUGUACAGUAGUCACACUGUACACUGUCUUCCCAUUGUAAGGCCAAUGACUUGCAGCUUCUGCAGGACGGUGUGUUUCCGCCCAAGCAAGUCUGUCGAACAGUCUCCGCCUGCCAGAUUUGCAUCCAUACCUCUCAAGAAAAUUACUACCAUUAUUACGGCAGCCGCCGUCUUGCUGUAGCACAUUUUGAAGUGAAUGAACUCAAACCCUCGGAUUCUCUGAAGAACUUCAUAGAAUCA